ACUAGUUACCAUGAUCAAGUUCAUACUGUUCGGAGCCCUUGUGGUCAAUAUUAUACUUCUAGCGUCAUCUGCAGACACAGAUAACGAUUAUAGUCGACCUCCACCACCUACAGAAAAUAAAUGCAAAAAGAAUGAGCGAUACGUGAAAUGCCCAAGUCUCUUAUGUCAACCACAAUCUUGUGAUCAACUUGGAUAUCCAAUAGCCUGCCCAAUCCAAGGCGCUGACGGAGAGUGUCCCGGCAAACCAGGAUGUAUAUGUAUUGACGGUUAUUUGAGGAACGAUAAAGGCAUAUGCGUGCCUCAGAAGCAAUGUCCAUCAUGUGGAGGUGAUCCUAAUGCAGAAUCGGGCUGUGGUCAAAAUUGUGGUAGACGAUGUUCCAAUUAUAAGCAGAGUAACGUAGUGUGCCCUCUUAUUUGCCAAAUCAAUGGGUGCGAUUGCAAGAAAGGUUAUAAAUUUGAUAUGCAAGACUGUGAAGGUGUUUCAACACCACUUUUUAAAGGGAAAUUAGAACCUAACGUGGGUAAAUCUAGUUUCCCUUAUCAGGAGCUGGUUGGGUGCCUCAUGUACUUGGCGGUCAACACGAAGCUCGACAUAGCCUACACUGUAACUUAUCUUAGUCAGUUCAACACCAGUUUUGGUGAAAUACAUUGGAAAGCUGCGAAGCGAUGCCUUCAAUAUUUAAAGAACACUAAAGAUUUUGGUAUUACUUACAGAAAAGCAGAACUUGAUAAGCUGCAGGCUUAUUCGGAUGCAAACUAG